CAGUUUUCUCUGGUAUUUGGUCGUGGCGUGUACCCUUGCAGCCUCAUCACCUCCUUUUGACGGGUCAAAUUACAACCCCUUUAAUAAAAGCCCUAAGCUGAAUGCGUACCUUAGAUCCAAAACUCAUCUUUCAUCGGCCACCAUUUUCUGUGUUUCAUACGGAGGCGCGUGUGUAUUAAUCGUUUUCUGAAUAGACAUGGGCCAAGCACCCUCCACUGGCCAGGGUUAUUCUCCCGGCAAUUCAAUGCAUCUGCGUAAUCCAAGCCUUUCCCUUCACCACCAUCGCUACACCGUCAAUGACUUGAAUCUAAUAAAUUCUCAGCUUCCGGAGGAUAUUUUUGUAAAUCAACAAGAAGAUUAUAUUUCUGAGAUACCUGAUGAAUGCUUAGCUUUAAUCUUUCAAUCUUUAAGCUCCCGCGACAGGAAGCAGUGUUCUUUGGUCUCUCGUCGAUGGUUCGUCGUGGAGGGUCAGAGCCGCCACCGCCUGGCUCUUAACGCCACCACGGAGGUCAACGUGCACCUCCCUUCUAUCUUCACGCGGUUCGAUUCUAUCACAAAGCUAGCGCUCCGCUGUGACCGCAAAUCCGUUAGUAUAAAUGACGAAGGUUUGACGUUGAUCUCUAUGCGGUGCCAGAAUCUCAUCCGCCUCAAGCUCCGUGGCUGUCGCGAAAUCUCAGAUCAAGGGAUGUAUGCUUUGGGUCAGAAUUGCAAAUCUCUCCGCAAAUUCUCCUGUGGAUCAUGUAUGUUUGGUGUUAAAGGCAUGAAUGCUCUUUUAAACAAUUGUUCAUCCUUGGAGGAACUUUCCGUUAAGCGUUUACGGGGCAUCAAGGAUGGCUUUAUAGAUGAGCCGAUUGGCCCUGGGGCCGCGGCAUCCUCGCUCAAGUCAAUUACCCUUAAGGAGCUUUUUAGCGGACAGUGUUUUGGGCCCUUGAUUAUUGGCUCAAAAAACUUGAAGACUUUGAAGAUUCUCAAGUGUUUGGGGGACUGGGAUAGUUUGUUGGAGACUAUUGCAGGGAGAAAAAAUUAUUUAACAGAGAUUCAUUUGGAAAGGCUGCAGGUGAGUGAUAUUGGGCUAAUGGCAAUAUCAAAGUGCCCGGACUUGGAGAUCUUUCACUUGGUGAAAGCUCCAGAUUGCUCAAAUGAGGGGAUUUGUGCAGUUGCUGAGAAUUGCAAGCUUUUGAGGAAGCUCCAUAUUGAUGGUUGGAGGACGAAUAGGAUAAGUGACGAGGGGUUGAUUGCUAUAGCGAAGAACAGUGUGAAUCUCGUGGAAUUGGUUCUUAUUGGGGUAAACCCGAGUUCUGUGAGUUUGAUGGCAAUAGCCACAAAUUGUCAGAAAUUGGAGAGGUUGGCACUUUGUGGGAGUGAAACAAUUGGGGAUCCUGAGAUCUCAUGUAUCGCGGCAAAAUGUAUGGCGUUAAAGAAGCUUUGUAUAAAGGGAUGUCGUGUGACGGAUUCAGGAAUUGAGGCAUUCGCUUAUGGAUGUCCCAAUUUGGUGAAGAUAAAGGUAAAGAAGUGCAGGGGAGUAACUAGUGAAGUUGCGGAUUUGUUGAGGGCAAGCAGGAUGUCAUUGGCUGUGAAUUUGGACGCAGAUGAGAUUGAACAAGAGGCCAUGGACGUGAGUGCCAGCGAUGAAGGAGCACAGGAUGAUGGAGUGGAAUUCCCACCAAUUGUGAGUGGAACUACGAUUGGUGGUGGUGGAAGUGUUUCUGCAGCUGAUGCUGCUGCUGCUGCUCCAUCAACUAGUAAUGGAACUCGAUCCUCAAAUAAGUCAAGAUUUAGCCUUUUUGCUGGAAGGACUUUUGUAGCAUGUGCUUUUCGGAGGUUAUCAAAUGGUAACGGUAAUUCAAAAGAUAGCUUAUAGAUGAACUCAAUGAGAGUUAGAAAGGAUAAAUCGUUGUCAAGUUUUCAUUCUUGUUUGUAUUGAACCAUAGUAUUGUUGCAAUUUAUGUUUCUGCUUCCAUUGUUGUAUCUUGGGCUUCUUUGCUGUGGUGUCAUUUGUUACCUGCGACAGUGCCACUCAACUUUUGCUUGGAAGGUCUUUUUUCCAUGACAUAUACACGAAGAUUAGCGUCUUUUUCCUUUUUAA